AUGUAUCUUGAAGAAUUACUUAUCGAAGGCUUUAAGUCAUAUGUUUCAAGAACUCAUAUUACAGGUUGGGAUCCUGAAUUCAAUGCCAUUACGGGUCUCAAUGGUACUGGCAAAUCAAACAUUUUAGAUGCCAUUUGUUUUGUACUUGGUAUUACUAACCUUUCACAAGUACGAGCAAGUAAUUUACAAGAUCUGAUCUAUAAACGUGGGCAAGCAGGCGUAACAAAAGCAUCAGUAACGGUUGUAUUUAAUAAUGAGGAUAGAGAUCGUAGCCCUGUUGGAUUUGAAGCAUACAAACAAAUUACGGUAACUCGACAGGUGCUUAUGGGUGGAAGAACAAAAUAUAUUGUUAAUGGUCAUAAUGCGCAACAACAAACAGUACAAAACCUUUUUCAGUCAGUUCAAUUAAAUAUUAACAAUCCUCAUUUUCUAAUUAUGCAAGGUCGAAUUACUAAAGUACUCAAUAUGAAGCCAACGGAGAUCUUGAGUAUGGUUGAAGAAGCUGCAGGCACAAAGAUGUUUGAAGAUCGUAAAAAUAAAGCAUUGGCUACGAUGGCUAAAAAGGAACGCAAAGUAGAAGAAAUUAAUACAUUGUUAUUAGAAGAUAUUAUACCGAAACUAGACAGACUUCGUGCAGAAAAGAGAGUCUAUUUGGAUUUCCAAAAGACAGAAGUUGAAAUGGAGCGUUUGAAUCGUCUCGUAAUUUCAUAUGAAUAUAAAAAACAUGAAGAUAGAUUGAAUAAAUCAGGAGCAGACAAUGAUGCAAGGACUCAUAAAAUUAAUGAAUUAAAAGAAAAUGCUCAAGUCUUAGGGAACGAAAUAAAAUUAAUUGAGGAACAGAAAAUGGCCAUCUCUGCAAAGAUGAAAGAGAAUUCUGAGAGUGGGAAUAAGAUCAAAUCCUUGGAAAAGAAAAUAAAAGAAUGCUCUACUCAGUCCGUUCGAUUAAAUGCAAAGAAAGUAUUAUUAGAAUCUUCUACAACAGAUGAGCAAAAGACGUUAUCAUUGUUAGCAACUCAAAAAGGGGAGCUGGAGGAAAGCUUAAAUGAGAAAAGGGAGGCAUAUGGAAGAAUCAAGGAUGAAUACGAGCUUUACAAAAAAAAAUAUGAUGAAAAAUCAAAAGAAAUGAAGAGCACAGAUGAAUUAAUUCAAACAUUAACAACUGGUAUUUCAGCUGAAGAAGGCCAUGAAAAUGGCUAUAUGGAACAACUACAACAAUCAAAAAAUGCUGCUAAUCAAGCAUCUACUGCUGAAGAACAAGCUUCUUUAAAGAUGAAACAUUUACAUAAGGAGCUUGCUGAAAAGGAACCUCAAGCUGCUAAAGCGCUUGCAGAAAGUCAAGGAUCACUUGCUGCAUUAGAAAAAAAGAAAAUAGAAAUGAGUGAAACUGAGCAAAAAUUGAGUGCAUUGAAUUGGGAUCCAGAAACUGAACAUCAUCUUCUACGUAGAAAGAGAGAAGAACAAGAUAUGUUAAACGAUUUAUAUGAAAAGCAAGAAUCCUUAUCUCGAAAACUAUCUAAUCUUAAUUUUGAAUAUACAUCACCUUCACCAAAUUUUGAUAAAUCUCAAGUAAAAGGUCUAGUUGCAGAAUUAAUUACGCUUGAUAAAGACCAUUAUGAUGCAUCUACUGCCCUUGAAAUUUGUGCUGGUGGUAGACUUUAUAAUGUAGUUGUCGAGAAUGAAAAAGUGGGUGCACAAAUCUUAGAUCAUGGGAAACUUAAACGUCGAUGGACACUUAUUCCAUUAAAUAAAAUCCAAGGACAAAAAGUAUCAGAAAAAAAAAUAUCUAUUGCUGAGAAGAUUGCUCCAGGAAAAGUUCACCUUGCAUUAAGUUUAAUUGGAUUUGAUGAAGAGGUAUAUGAAGCAAUGGAAUGGAUCUUUGGUAGUACGUUUAUUUGUGAAGAUGCCAAGACAGCUAAGGAAGUGACAUUUAAUAAGCAUUUACGUAUCAAAUCAGUCACAUUAGAUGGUGAUAUCUAUGACCCUCAUGGCACUUUAUCAGGUGGAUCUAAACCCAAUUCAGCGGGUAUUUUAGUAAAGAUACAAGAAUUAAAUGAAAUACACGCAGAGAUAAAACACCAUUCUCAACUGUUAGAGGAUUUAGAUAGAGAGAUAGAAGCUUGUCAACAAUCUAUUACACAAUACAACAAAUAUAAGCAAUGUUUAGAUCUUCAAACACAUGAAUUGAAAUUACUUGAACAACGUAUGAGUAAGAGUACACACACUCAGUUGGCUAUGCGGGUUGAAGCAAUAAAGUCACAAAUUGCUCAACAAGAGGAAAUUAUGCAACAAUCGAUAAUUGCAAAAGAAAAGGCACUUGAAGAUUGCAAGCGUAUUGAAAAUGAAAUGGCAGAAUUUAACAAUAACAAAGACACCAAAAUAGAUCAGAUGACUGAACGAGUAGAAAAACUAAAGAGUCAAUUAAAGAAAAGUGCCAUCAAGUUAAAAGACAUGCAACGAGCAGUACAAACAUUUGAACUUGAAAUAGAACAAAUUGAGACCGAUAUUGUGGCAUGUGAUAAUGAGAUGAAAAAGGUACAUGAAUCUAUUGCUGAAUAUAAAGCAUCUAUAGCUGCUAUGAAAGAGGAAAUAGAGAAGAUUCAGACCGAUGAAAUUGUCGCUAAAGAGGAACUUGAAAGCGAAAAUAGAAUUUUGAAUGCACAUAACGAGGAAUUUAAUGAUUUAUGUACUAUUCAUGAUCGUAAAUCCAAUGAACUUGUUGAAUUAAAUUUAAGAAUACAGAAAUUGACACAUGACAAUGAAAGAUUUAUUAAAGAAAGACAACACUCUGAACAGACAAUACAAGAAUUAGAAAGUCAAUAUGAAUGGAUAGCUGAUGAAAAACAAUUAUUUGGUCAAGCUGGUUCAGCGUAUGAUUAUACAAAUAUUAGUUUAGCUGAUAUAAGAAAACAACUCGAACAAUUAAGCGUUAAUCAUGAUUCAUUACGUAAAAAGAUUAAUGUACGAGUUAUGAAUAUGAUUGAUAAUGUGGAAAAGAAAGAGGCAGCUUUAAAAGAAAUGCUAGCUACAGUUCAAAAAGAUAAACAGAAGAUUGAAGAUACCAUUCAAACAUUAGAAAAUUAUAAAAUGGAAGCUCUUGAAAAGACAUAUCGUAAAGUUAAUAAAGACUUUGCAGAAAUCUUUGGUGAUUUAUUAGAAGGAAAUACAUGUAAACUACAAGCACCAGAAGGAAAGUCAAUAGCAGAUGGUCUAGAAGUUAAAGUAUGUCUUGGAGGUGUAUGGAAGCAAAGCUUAACAGAAUUAAGUGGUGGGCAAAGAUCAUUAAUUGCAUUAUCUUUGAUUUUAUCCCUACUUCAAUUCAAACCAGCGCCCAUGUAUAUUCUUGAUGAAGUAGAUGCUGCACUUGACUUGUCACAUACCCAAAACAUUGGUUCAUUGUUACGUACAAGAUUUAAAGGAUCACAAUUUUUAGUUGUGUCUUUGAAAGAUGGUAUGUUUAAUAAUGCUAAUGUAUUAUUUAAGACACGUUUCAAGGAUGGCACAUCAGUAGUAGAGAGAACUACACCUUAUAGAAAAGAAAGAGAAGAAGCUACAUCACGAAAGCGUGGACGUGCUGAUAAAGACACUAGAAAUACAACACAUUCAUAA